GAACCGCCCUGGACCGGGGCAACUAACAGAGGGAGGGAAUGAAAGAGUGAUUGAGAUAGAACGGAGAAAGAGAGAAGGAGGAAAAGAGACGCUCCAGUACUUCAGAGAUCGGACCUUGUUAAGGGGAAACCGGUGUCAUUUCUAAGAAACUCCAGGCACAUAGACGGAUUUGGAGGACACAUUUGGGACUAAAAACAUCCAAACUGACUUUGUGCAUUGAAUGCGUGACAAUGACAGCAGCUGUCGAUAUUAAGCCGUUAACUAUAAUAAAAUCUGAAAAAGUAGACGAUCUGGAGUGUGCAGAUGUUCCCUUAUUGACUCCAGGAAGUAAAGAAAUGAUGUCACAGGCUCUUUUGGCCACAUUCAGCGGCUUCACCAGGGAGCAACAGCGGCUCUCCAUCCCAAAAGACCCCCGUCAGUGGACAGAGGCCCACGUUAGAGAAUGGUUGACCUGGACAGUAAAUGAGUUCAGUCUGAAGAAUGUGGACUUCCAUAAGUUCAGCAUGGACGGAGCCAAUCUCUGUGCACUGGGCAAAGAGCGAUUCCUGGAUCUGGCACCAGACUUUGUGGGCGACAUCCUCUGGGAGCAUUUAGAGAUGCUGCAGAAAGAAGACCCGAAGCAUUUCCCUGUCAGCAGUCUGACCUCCAGUUUCCAGGAAUCCCGCUACCCCUCAGACUACUUCUUCAACUAUGGCAUAGAACAUCCUCAGUGUGUCCCUCCGUCAGAAUACUCCGAGCCGAGCUUCAUCACUGAGUCCUACCAGACCCUCCACCCGAUCAGCUCAGAAGACCUGCUGUCGCUCAAAUACGAGAGCGAGUAUCCCAACGUGAUACUGCGAGACACACCUCUCAAUCCACUGCAGGGAGACUACUUCUCAGUCAAACAGGAAGUUGUGUCACCUGACAACAUGUGUGUGGGUCGCAUUAGCAGAGGUAAGCUGGGAGGUCAAGAUUCGUUUGAGAGCAUUGACAGUUUCGAGAGCUGCGACAGGCUGACGCAGUCCUGGAGUAGUCAGUCGUCAUUCAGCAGCCUACAGAGAGUUCCCUCCUACGACAGCUUCGAUUCGGAGGACUAUCCCACCGCACUGCACGGACACAAACCAAAGGGUACCUUCAAAGACUACGUACGGGAGCGCUCGGAACUCAGCAAGGACAAACCGGUCAUCCCGGCGGCUGCGCUCGCUGGCUACACAGGCAGCGGACCCAUCCAACUCUGGCAGUUUCUGUUGGAGCUCUUGACAGACAAAUCCUGCCAGUCCUUCAUCAGCUGGACUGGAGACGGCUGGGGGUUCAAGCUUUCUGACCCUGAUGAGGUGGCACGCAGAUGGGGCAAGAGGAAAAACAAGCCCAAGAUGAACUACGAGAAGUUGAGUCGCGGUCUGCGCUACUACUACGACAAAAACAUCAUCCACAAGACGUCCGGCAAGCGCUACGUCUACCGCUUUGUGUGUGACUUGAAAAGCUUGCUGGGAUACACUCCCGAAGAGCUCCUCACCAUGUUAGACGUCAAGCCCGACUCGGAUGAGUAAACUUCGGACAAAAGUUUGGGAAAAAAAAAAAAAGGCUGAAAAAGUCCCUCACAGACCCUGGAAAAGAAAACGGGGCGACCAUUUUCGGGUCCAAUCACAUUCCAUCUUAACACUUAGUCGUGGUCCAGUCUUGUGUUGAGCUCACAUGGGAAGGAAACAAAAGAAGCAUCGGGACAUUUACCAAAGUUUAGAAUCCGUAGACUUUGCGCGUCUGUAUUGUUUAUAGCUCUGCAGGAAGGGAAAACUCUAAGUUCUGUUUUGACCCAGUAGCACAAACACCAGGAAGGAACAGAGGACAAUUAGAUGGACAUUUCUUGGACUGAAUGCUCCUGUUAUUAAACACGUUGCCAAAAUUAGAGACAAGAGGAAUAUCGCGGAAAUAUUUACGAUUGAGUUACAUACUGUUUCUGUCUCCUCGCAUACACAACCACGAGGAAGAGUUCUCAGCCGGACCAAAAUAACAAAGGUUUUUUAUUUGUUUUGAUAGUUUCUUAAAGAUCUAUAUGUGUCAGUAUUAAUUUGUUGUAUUGCGAUGCUGUCCGGACAGAGAUUGCACCAUUUUGUACAUUUCCAUAUGAAGGUUUAUUGAAGUCAAACUGUGCUUAGAUAGUCUCUCCGCUUCUUUUAAGGUCACGGUCGGUUACGGCUUGUUCUUACCACAGUGUCCAUAGCUGAAAACGCAGUUUUUGAUCACCAGAUCAAAAUAGACACCAGAGUACCGCCCUUUUCAGUUGAAAGAGACGUACCUCAGUCAAACUGAGAGUGUGAGUGAGAGACGCAAAUGAAAGCGGCCGUUGGCUUCUCAACGGUGACACGCUUGUGGUGAAAACGAGGUGUCGUUUUAUCACUUGUAUUAAGACAAAAGACAUCAAACAUUUCUUGCCUCGGUUUCUUUGUACGUGAAGGGUUUUUGCCAAAGCUUUGCCUUAAUAUAGCACAUUGCGUUUAUGAACUUACCGUGUUUUCUCAAGGUUGACUGAAACGUGUGGGUUGGUGACAACUGAAAUGUCACUCAACCGGGCCUCAAACGGUUCGCUGGCAGCGCUAGAAGCCAUAAAGCCGAGACGUUUGAGAAGAGCGAUGUGAGGCCUUUUAACUUUGAGACAGACGUGGCGGCGUUAGCCAUGUUGAAAAGUGCACACUUCAGCAUGCGUCUGGAUUGGCAAAGUACGUGAGAUGGAUUCUGCAGCAGAAACCAAGGCUCCGUUGGGCUGCGUUUGAUUUUCCUGAUGGUUUGUGAAAGUGUUACCGUUAGUGGCUGAUAUAAUGUUAAGAUUGGAGGAAGACCAGAUCGUGCUGAGACUUUGGGCAGCUUUAAAGAUGAUGAUGUGUGCUGCUACUGGCUAACAAGCGUCACAAGAUCAUAACCGAAAAUGGGAGUACGUUUCAGAAUGGUUCGUUUAACUGCAGUAUUAUGGACUAUUUUAGUCAUUGCAGGGUGUAACUUAAGCCAGUGUUAUAUUACAGUGUCCAUGAAAUGAAUAACGUACUUUAAAUUUAGCUAUUUGGAGAAACUGCACAUGAAAUGUCAAAUCUGUUACCGGUAUUUUCAAUACUUUACAGGUUAAAAAACCGAAUGGCAGCAACAUUCAGUUUGUGUUUUCUUCAGCACAGCAUUUCAGUCUGUGGGAAGUGUCUCGAACACGAGACCUUGUGGGAAAAGCCAAAGUAAAGAACGUUGAUCUAGGAAAACAAAUCGUAUUGUUUACAGUGGCAGAACGCUACCCAUCCUGAUUGGUGUAGCUUUGGAAUUGUCUAUUUUUACAGAUAACAUUUCAUAAAACGGCUAGAUUAAACCAUAAACUGGGAACACAUUCAUGAGAGCUCAGAAUAAAAGUCUUUAAUUCAGAGAUGAGCGGGUUUCAGUCGCAACCGUCCUGCCGUGAACAGCAACAACAAAAGUGCUACAUCACCUGAACAAUCAGUUUGUAGUGUUAAAAGUCUCUUUGGAAUAACAAGAAGAAAGCGUGAGUUUGUUAAAACCACAAAAGAUAGCCAGCAUGACUUUUUUUUAUUAUUAUUAUUUGACAAGGUCCAAAUCAUAAUGUAGUCUUUGCCUUGAUUAUAAAAGUGGUGCAUUUUGUGUGAAAAUGAACACUUUUGACAGAUACAUACAUGCAUAUUCAUAUUGACGAGU